CUGCCAAUAUUUAGAGCCAACACAGCCAAGAACUUCAGCUGGUUUGGACUUGUAUGUCAGCAGAAUGGUUUAUCAUGUUCCAUUACUGGGGAUUCCUUGUUGCUGGUGAUGGGUGAGCCUGAAAAAACACAGCUUCCCUUGCACAUCCCAGGCUCCUCUUUAGCCCGUUGUCCUGAAGACAAGAGGUUCUGGCUGACCAGGAGUCUCUGUUAGCAGUUCAAGUUGGCUGGAGAAUGGAAGGUGUUGAGUUUAAGGAAGAAUGGCAAGAUGAAGAUUUUCCAAGGCCCCUGCCAGAGGAUGAUCCUGUUGAAUCUGAAACAUUGGCUGCAGCUGGAACAGAAAGCCAGGCUGAUGCAGAGGUUAAUGGAACCAAAGUGAGGAAGAAACUAGUGGCUCCAGAUAUCAGCUUAAAUUUGGAUUCCAGUGAGCAACCUGCUUUGUCUGAUGACUUGGAUGAGAGUGGAGAGAUUGAUUUGGAUGAUUUAGAUACUCCUUCAGAAAACAGUAAUGAAUUUGAAUGGGAAGAUGAUCUUCCCAAACCAAAAACUACUGAUGUGAUUAGGAAGGGCUCCCUCACUGAGUACACUGAGGCAGAGGAGAAGGACGAUGGGCGGCGCUGGCGGAUGUUCCGGAUCGGAGAGCAGGACCACAGGGUGGACAUGAAGGCAAUUGAACCCUAUAAAAAAGUUAUCAGUCAUGGGGGUUAUUAUGGUGAUGGGUUAAAUGCCAUUGUUGUGUUUGCUGUUUGCUUUAUGCCUGAAAGCAGCCAGCCUAACUACAGAUACCUGAUGGACAAUCUAUUUAAGUAUGUAAUUGGCACUUUAGAGCUGUUGGUAGCUGAGAACUAUAUGAUAGUUUACCUGAAUGGUGCAACCACACGGAGGAAAAUGCCCAGUCUAGGCUGGCUCAGGAAGUGUUACCAGCAGAUUGACAGAAGGUUAAGGAAAAAUCUGAAAUCAUUGAUUAUAGUUCAUCCUUCUUGGUUCAUCAGAACACUCCUGGCCAUCACAAAACCUUUUAUUAGCUCAAAAUUCAGCCAAAAAAUUAGGUAUGUCUUUACCCUGGCAGAACUAGCUGAGCUCAUCCCCAUGGAGUACGUUGGCAUCCCAGAGUGCAUAAAACAGUAUGAAGAAGAAAAGUUUAGAAAGAAACAGAAAAGAGUUGACCAAGAGCUGAAUGGAAAACAAGAGCAGAAAAGUGAGCAGUAAGUCUGGAGCACAAACAAGACUGAAGAUAUGCAGAUGGGAUGAUGCUGUUUCCAUUUCCAAUGUGUUCUCUGUGUGUAUGUAUCAUAUAACCUGUUGCAAAAGGUGCUUUGGACUAGCACAAGAACUGCUUCCUGCUGUAUUGGUUUGUCUUGACUUUAAUAGCUGUUUAUGUACUCGUUUUAUACUGCUAAAUGUCAAAGAACCCUAUGUUUUUCAGAGGAUGUUCUUGCCAUUGUUUAUCUAAAUGAUGCAUGUUCUUCAGUAAAAUAUUUAUAUACCUAAAUGUUAAAGGAAAGAGAUAAUAUAUAUUUUUAUGACUGAGCAAUAUAUUGUGUGUGCCUGCUGAAGGAGUUCAUUUGCAGGUAGACAAGGCCGUAAGUUACUUGUUUUUAUUGUAUCAAUCUGUUUUGCUGUAAAUGGUCAAGUGCAUUUCUUCAUUGUUGCAGAAACUUGUUUGGUUAUUAACAAUCACAUGAAGUCUU